AAUAUGUCUGAAGAAGAUGAUGGCUGUAUUGUUCGAGUUAGAGGCCUACCCUGGUCUUCUACCACCGAAGAAGUUCUGAAAUUUUUUGAAGGCUCUAAUAUUUGUGGUGGAGAGAAUGGUAUUCAUUUCACGUUUUCACGUGAAGGCCGCCCUAGUGGUGAGGCGUUUAUAGAGUUUGAAUCUCCAGAUGAUGUAGAAAUAGCAAUGGGAAAACACAAUGCCCAUAUGGGUUCAAGAUACCUUGAAGUGUUCCGUUCGAAACGAAGUGAAAUGGAUUGGGUGAUCAAAAGAGCUGGUCCAAACCAACACGAAGGUUUAAAUGAUUCUUGUGUUCGAUUAAGGGGGUUGCCGUUUGGCUGCUCAAAAGAAGAAAUUGCUCAGUUUUUCACAGGGUUGGAGAUAGUACCGAAUGGGAUUAUGUUGCCAGAGGAUCGACAGGGUAGAAGUACGGGGGAGGCUUACGUACAGUUUGCGAACCAAACCAUUGCUGAACGCUCACUUGGGAAACACAAGGAAAGGAUAGGGCACAGGUACAUUGAAAUCUUCAAGAGUAGUCUAAGUGAAGCACAUGCAGCAUUAGGAAGUAACAGAAAUAUCCGCCCCCUGAUGGGUGGAGGAGGAGGCGGUGGGUCCAUGGGCGGCCGCCCCGGACCCUAUGAUAGAAAUGAUCGAUAUGGUAUGGGUGCUAUGGGAGGCAUGGGAAUGGGAGGUAACUUUGGAAGAGGAAGUCGAGGUGGAAGACAAAUUAAAGGUGAGAAUAUUUCUAGGGGAAUGGGGAAUAGACGUGGUAUGAGAGGAGGUAGAGGGGGAAUGGGAAAUAGAAUGGGGGGUAACAGAAUGCCUGGGUCUCAGCCUGGUAGUCAGUAUAAGAGUAAUACAGGACAUUCAGUUCAUAUGAGAGGUUUACCAUUUCAAGCUCUACAGUCUGAUAUACAAGAUUUUUUCACUCCACUACGCCUAGUAAAAGUAGAAUUUGAAUAUGGUUCUAAUAAUAGACCUACUGGAGAAGCUAAUGUAGAUUUUGAGUCACAUGCUGAUGCUGUCGAGGCUAUGAAAAAACACAAAUGUAACAUGCAACAUCGCUAUAUAGAACUCUUCCUCAAUUCAACACCAGAAGAUAGUUUUAGUGGAGGA